AUGAAGCCUAAGUUGGUCUCAGAUCUUUGUUGGAUUGAUAAGUUGGAAUUCUUCGGUCAACGAUUUGAAUUUCUAACACGACAACCCUCUCAAUUUCGUUUCACAGAGAAAAUUACUGGCUGUUGUUUCUUUCAAGUCAAUUGGCGUAUUAAGCGGUUCAAAAUGAUAAUGGUAUAUUUGGGAGUGGAAAGUUUAACGCUUCUGCUUGUUGUUUUAGCUCGUGAUGGAAAGUGUCCAGCUUUCUUCAAUUGUGGAUUUCUUGGCCAGAUCAAAUUUCCUUUCACGGACACGCACAACCUACACUGCGGCGUAUUGGCUAUACGUGGCUGCGAUGAACACAAUCCAUAUGCUAUCAAAACCAUUCAACUAAAUAACUCAACAUCAACAUUGUUCAAUGUUUUACAGGUUGCACCUCGUACCAUAACGAUCAGAGAUGAGCAGCAACAAAAUUAUUUGCAAAACAAAAGUUGCCAAGCCUUCACCAACAAAAUUACCGGGAUAUUGCCUCACACCUCUCCUUUGGCUUCUUUCUACAUCAAAUAUAAUAUCACUAUCUUCAGAUGCAAUCACUUCCAUAGUGUCACCCCUCCCAAAUUUUAUAAAUAUUCAAACUGUUCUCAGUACGAUAUCUAUUAUGGUCCUCCAAAUAUUGGAAAUCUUCUGGAUUUCAAAUGGCCCAAAUCUUUAGCACCUUGUUCAAAGAAUCAGCUUCCAAUAAUGGACAACCCUGCUGCUGCCGACCCCUUUAAAUUUCUGACUCAUAUUAUAUCUAUUGAAAUAAAAUUAUCUGAAGAUUGUGAAAAGUGUCUUGGUCACAGAAGAGGCCAAUGUCAACUUGACAGUAAAGGAAAAUUCUACUGCGCCAAAGGUAUUGGUAUUGGACUCCCUGGCAUUAUUAUAACUGCGCUGCUGAUUAUUUGGCGCUACAAACGAAAAUGUGUUCAUUUCUAUUCAAAUCCAAACGCAGAGAGUGCAGCCAGUGUCUACCUUGGGGUCCCGAUCUUCACGGAUAAUGAUCUUGAAGUUGCAACUAAAAAUUUUGAUCAAUCAAGAGAAGUAGGAAAAGGAGGAUUUGGGGUUGUUUACUAUGGAAAACUCCACGAUGGACGUGAAGUUGCUGUGAAGCGCCUACAUGAACACAACUAUAGGCGCGUAGAACAAUUCAUGAAUGAAAUCAAGAUCCUCACUCGCUUGCGCCACAAAAAUCUAGUGUCAUUAUAUGGCUGCACAUCACGUCACAGCCGUGAACUAUUGCUUGUCUAUGAAUACAUUUCAAAUGGGACUGUUGCUAGCCACCUCCGUCACGAAUCAACAAAUCCUGGGUUUUUGGGAUGGCCCAUCCGAAUGAAAGUGGCCAUAGAGACUGCCACUGCAUUGGCUUAUCUCCAUGCCUCUGACAUUAUUCAUCGUGACGUGAAAACAAACAACAUUCUCCUUGACAACACUUUUUGUGUUAAAGUUGCUGAUUUUGGAUUGUCAAGAGUGUUCCCUAGUGAUGUCACCCACGUUUCCACAGCUCCACAGGGAACUCCUGGUUAUGUGGAUCCUGAAUAUCACCGAUGCUAUCAGCUCACAAGCAAGAGUGAUGUUUAUAGCUUUGGGGUUGUCCUUAUUGAGCUUAUAUCAUCUAUGCCUGCUGUUGAUAUGACUCGACAUAAGGAUGAGAUUAACUUGGCAGAUUUAGCUAUUAGGAAGAUUCAAAAAAGUGCAAUUGGUGAGUUGGUGGACCCUUCCCUUGGUUUUGAGUCAAAUAGUGAUGUUAAAAGGAAAAUAACUUCAGUAGCCGAAUUAGCUUUUCUUUGCUUGCAACGAGACAAAGAGUUGAGACCCUCCAUGGAUGAGGUUUUGGAUGUGCUGAAGAGAAUUGAAAGUGGGAAGGAUGAGGUUGGUCAUCUAGAGAACAUUUCACCACCUUCACCGGAUCAUGAUGAGGUGAAAUUGUUGAGGAAUGUGAAGUUGGCACCUUCGCCAAAGGCUGUAACAGAUAAAUGGGAUAGCAAAUCAACUGGUUCUAAUGUAAGUGGUCAAUCGUCAAGCCAAAUCUAA